AUGUCACAGCCUUUCCACAUCGGAGUCCUUCUCGCAGGAACCGUCCAACUCCUCGAUCUAGCAGCCAUCGAUCUCCUCUACAUGACAACCCCAGAAUACCUCCAGGAAUGCUCUCUCCCACAGCCACUUGUUGACAUGGGCCGGCCCUGCGAGAUCCACUACAUCGCCCACCAGGGAAGAGACGCAAUGGUCGGUACAACCGCUCAAAUGAGCCUGCGACUAACCGACUCGCUUGCGGACGAUGCCGUCGCCCCAGGGAAACUAGACGUAGUGGUUAUCCCCGGCCCAUCACCCAAAGAUAUGCCCCCGGCAGAAGAAUACCUUGACUUUGUGCGCAAGCACCACGCAGCAGGCACGUCCAUUCUGAGUAUCUGCACGGGAGCAUAUGUGAUCGGAUACUCGGGAAUCGCAAAUGGUAGGGAAGUCACCGCGCCACGACUGUUGAUACCCGAGAUGAAGAGAAAGUUCCCAGAAGCGAAGUGGGAUGACUCGGUGAGGGUAGCAAGAGAUGGCAAUUUAUGGACCAGUGGUGGUAUUACAAAUGGACACGAUCUCGUUGUCGGGUUUCUGCGAGAACAUUACCCUGCAGCACUCGUGAACACCAUCCUUGUCGCAGCAGACAUUCCCUCCCGACCAGUGGCGUACAGUGGUUCCGCGACUAGCGAGACAGUCUAUGUACCAAGUACUACAAAAAUGCCCAUCAAACUCUUCAUCCUCGUCUUCGUUGCCUCACCCCUCGACUACGCCCGCUACCGACACACAGCAUUAUACCUUGAAUUUAGCGACCCACAACCAACACAGACAGAGCUACCGAUCAAAUCAUCUUUCGCAGAGGUAGUCGGGUCAACCGGCUACUACAGUUUCUCAGAACGAGUGAAUUGGGAGAUCCCUAGUUCCUCCACAGACUUGGCACGUACAAUCCCCGUGGCCACACUCUCAUCCUCAACACCUAUCUCACAUCUACGAGAGACGAUAUCCAGGACUCCAAUCCCGGAAGUCCCAGCAGGGGAAGAAGACUGGAACAGCCAGAACUGGGUGUGGGAUACGCUAGAGCGACUUGUCGUUGCGGGGUAUAUAGACGCUGAGACGAAGGAUCGCGGGUUAGAGGAGAUGGUUGAAGUUGUUUUAGAGGCUGGGGAUGAGGAGAUUCCAGUGUGA